AUGAGGCCGGAGACGCGGCUGGACUCGGCGGCCUUCCAGCUCACCCCCACCCGCACCAGGUGUGAUUUGAUUGUGAUAGCGAAUGGGAGGAAGGAGAAGAUCGCCUCCGGCCUGCUCAACCCCUUCGUCGCCCACCUCAAGGCCGCCCAGGACCAGAUUGCCAAGGGAGGCUACACCAUCCUGCUUGAGCCGGAUCCGGCGGCCGACGCGCCAUGGUUCACCAGGGGCACCGUCGAGAGGUUCGUCCGCUUCGUGAGCACGCCGGAGGUCCUGGAGCGGGUGACGACGAUAGAGUCCGAGAUACUGCAGCUCGAGGACGCCAUCGCCGUCCAGAGCAACGAAAAUCUUGGACUCAAAUCUGAAGAAGGCCAUAAUGGGAAACCCGUGGACUCGUCCAUGGAAGGUGGCAGGACAGGUUACAAUACUGAUGGUGAUAAGGCACUUGUUCUGUACAAGCCUGACGCACAUCCAGCAUCCGCACUGCAGAAUGACGACGGAGUACAUGAGGAGCAUUCAAAAGUUCAGCUUCUCAGAGUGCUGGAGACUCGCAAAACUGUCUUACGUAAAGAGCAGGCUAUGGCCUUUGCACGUGCUGUAGCUGCUGGGUUUGAUAUAGACAACCUGAUAUAUUUGAUCUCGUUCGCAGAGCGUUUUGGUGCUUCACGCUUGAUGAAGGCAUGCACACAGUUCAUUGAUUUGUGGAGGCAAAAACAUGAGACUGGACAGUGGAUUGACGUUGAACCCGAAACAAUGUCUACACGCUCUGAAUUUCCCCCCUUCAAUGCUUCUGGGAUUAUGUUCAUGGGAGAUAAGGAAACAAUGUCUGUCUCUAAUGGAGAUACAAAUGGGAUUAUGUUCAUGGGAGAUAAGGAAACAAUGUCUGUCUCUAAUGGAGAUACAAAUGGCGAAGAUGCUGCUAAAGCUGAUCACAGGGCACAUCACCACCCAGGAGCUCCCCAUGAGUACCAUCAUGGUCCAUAUCAAUCAGGAUAUCCACCAUGGGCAAUGCAUCCUCCUUACCCCAUGCAAGGCAUGCCACCAUACUACCCUGGGGCGAACCCAUAUUACCCUCCUCCCUAUCCCCCAGCAGAUGAUCCCAGGUACAACUACUCGGAAAGGAGACCAUCAAGGAAGCACUCAGCAGAUAGCAAGGACUUCGACAACUCCAAUGAUGAAAGUGACGAUCAAAGCGGUUCAGAGAGGGAGAGUUCUCAUGGCCGCAAGUCCAGUAAAAAAGGCAAGCGCUCGGGCAAGAAGAAUGUAAUUGUCAUACGCAAUGUAAAUGUAACAUCAAAGAAGAAGCAUAGGUCAUCAGAGAGCGAGUCACACUCAGGCUCAGAUAUGUCAUCAGAGGAUAGUGAUGAUUCACACAGAAAAUCAAGCAAGAGGAAUCAUAAGCGCUCGAGUUCGAAGAAAAAAGGGGGCAAGAAAACCAUUGAGUCUGAAGAUGAGUACACCAAGGAUGGAAUGUCUAAUGGGCAGCAAGAUGGAGAUCAAGGAAACUGGAAUGCGUUCCAAAACUUCUUGCUCAGAGAUGAAGAGAAGACAAGAGAUAAUAAUGACGCGGAUAUGUUCGCCAGUGAAAGGGAGCCACCACCACCACCUAGGAGGAGAGAGACCACAGGAAAUAUGGAUGAUCCUAUUCUUUUAUCCGAGCGGGGUUCUGCUGAUGCCGAUGAGCGAAAUGGAAUGCCUUUCAACACAGCCAAUGGGAGAAUUAGGGCCAGGCAGAUGAUGUCUGGUAAUGAACUUAUGAUGUCUGGGGAAGGUCGGAGCUUUGUGGAUGGUGACAUGAAGGAGAUAGAAGCCGGAGGUGGGGGAUACAGAAGAGGGGCAAAUGAUGACUUCAUGGUUUAUGGACAUGACAACUCAAUGGACAGGGGGAGCUCCUUGGACCCCCUUGCCGAGGGGCAUUACAAGAGACCCACUCUGGAGGAAAAGAAGAAUGUGCACGGUGUGGAUGAGUCCUUCAUGAUACCUGUUAGCUCCAACUCACAUGAUAACCUUGGAGCUGACGGCCGUACUGCCAUUGACAUAGAUGCUGAGCUUGGCACAAGUGUUCAGAAAACAUCGGAUGCCAAGGCUGGAGGUGAACUUUUCUAUGAGCCAGAUGAGUUGAUGCCAGAGCGUGGAUCUGAAGAUGUUUCAUUUGGAUAUGAUCCAUCAAUGGACUAUGAUAGCCACAUGCAGAUUCAUCCUGACGUCGGCGUUGAAGAUGCAAAUGCAGAGGAUUUAUCAGCUUGCGUCGAGGAUGAAGGAAAGAUGCCAGCAAAAGACAAGAAGCUUAGAGGUUCACAGGAGGGUUUGGAUAAAAGAAGGAAGGAUGCCUCAGCAAGGAGACUGUCAGCGCCCAAAGGCCCACUAACUGAUGCGCAGAAACGUGCACAAAACCUACGCGCGUAUAAAGCGGGCCUACAAAAGGAAAAGAAGGAGCUGNUCCAUGCACACAGACCAAGGAUUAAAUGUCUUUUAGACACACUGUUUCCUGCCCCUGUUAUUGGUACAACCAAAAUGGCUAUAUUAACAAACGAACACCAACUUAUCAAGACGAGAUACUUUUUGCUCGAGGAAGCCGAACAGAUUAAACGGCUCGAAAGGCUUAAGCAAGAGAGGCAAAAGAGGAUCGCUGCAAGAAGUGGCGCAUCUAAUCCAACAUCAACAUCGCCGCAGGCUAAAGCAAAACCUUCUCCAAAGGUUUCUCCCAGUACCCACAAGAGUUCGAAGUUCACUGACGCUGAACCAGGAUCCUCUUCGCCUCUAAGAAAAAUUAUUCCUGCCAGAAGCAGUACCCCAGGGAGUGAUCCUCACAAAACAGCCAAAGCAAGCAAACUCGGCGGUGACAGCUCAAGUGCAGUGAGCAAGUCAACCUCAUCACUGGCUGAGAUCAAAAAGGAGAAAAGUGGCAGAACUGAAUCGUCGAUUGAGCGAUUGAAAAAGCUUGCUGAACCUAAAAGCAAUGCUUCGACUGACCAUCCUUCGAAUCCCAAGUCAGCGAGCGUGGAUCACCCACGGAGAAGAAGCUUGCCGUUGCCGGAAGAUGUGCAGACCAAGAAAAUCUCUGCUAUAAUGCAGCUCGACGAGACCAAGUCGGCAGCCCUACCAGAGCUGAAAGUCAAAUCCCCCCGAACCCCUGCCGCUGUCGUUGUGAAGAACAAGGCGGCGGCUAAAGUAGCAAAAGAGGCGCCACGUGGUGGACCUAAAGCACAUGCUACUUCAGAAAGUAGAGAUGGAAAGAAAUCUUCCAACGGUAAAGUUUCAAGGGUAAUCAGCAGUGAUGACAAUGUGGUGGUUGAGAAGACCGUCGUGAUGCUUGAAAACGAAGUGGUCUCUACGCCUCCUGUUGUUCUACCUCCUGGAAGAAGUGCAGAGAGCGAAACUCGCAGCGAUGACCGAAUGGACUAUCCCAGUCUGGAGCAGGAGUAUGUUGCCAUCAGGGCUCCACCUUCUCCCGUUGAUCUUCCUGAAGAUGCAAAUCCUACCAUCCAUGCAUCUGACAACCAGUUGAAUUCCUAUGAGGUGGAUGUGCCUGAGUACAAGAAGGAUGAGCUUGAGAAACCAGCCCCGCUGGCUCCAAUGGAGGAGAAGCCUUAUGAGGCCCCUUUUGCCAGGGUAACAUCAUUGGAGGAUGCUUCAAGCAAGACUCCUGCUUACAACCAGCACCCGUUACCUGCGCAGGAACCCGAGACACUUGCGCGUGCAGCGAGCGUGAGGGCACGCGUACCUGAGCCUGCUGCAUAUGCAGUCUCAGCCGAGGAGACACAUGGAGAAAAUGGCAAGCCUCGAAGCAAAGAACCGAAAGGCUUCAGGAAACUGCUGAAAUUCGGCAAGAAGAGCCACACUUCAACGAUGGAUUCUGAUGCAUCGUCAGUCGACGAAGCCCCUGCAGGAGAUGGUUCGAUGCUGAAAAACCUCAUUUCACAAGACGACUCUGCAGGCUCUUCUUACAAAGCUUCUCGGUCCUUCUCCCUGCUGGCGCCAUUCCGCAAGAACAAGGUCGUGCUGUGA